AUAUAUAUCUGUGCUUACACAUAUUAUAUGUAUUUUUCAUAAAUUAAAAUUGUCGGUAAUUAUUUUUUAUGAAAGUGAUUUUAGGGUUUGGGUUUAGAAUAUUAUGGAGUGGGAUUCACUCGUUAGAGAUUAAGGUAUAAUAAUAUACCUCGAACUCCAAUGAAUUCAUGGUCUAAAUAACAAAGCUGACUAGACAUGUGGUAAAAAUAGAUACUGAUUUUUAUCAUAUCCAGUAGGUGCCGAAAACAGUGUGGUCCAGACUAGACCAUACCAUAUAUACGAUUUGUUGGUCAGACCGAUAUGUUAGAGCACAGACCAUGGACCAUAUAUUAUACGGUCCAAACCAGACCACGCCUAUACGGUGCGGUCCGAUACCGUCUGGAUCAAACAAACCAUGUUUAGUAAAACUUCACUCUUCUCCAAUCCUCUUCGAUGCCCAUAAAUAUAAAAGGUUUAGUGCAAAAUAUACUAGUGAAACAAAAAAUUAGUGAUGUAAUUAACCCACGAAGAAAUAUGGGGAGAGAGUGUACUUUUUUCGAUUUCUUACUCCUACUCCUAUCUCUACUACUCAAUCCACUAUUCACUUAAAAUAAAAACACAACAAAUAACUUCUCUCCCUCUUCGAGGUGGUCUAAAAGGUUCUGCACUCAAUCCCCACCAUGAAGAAGUCGAGAUAAUUUUGAACCACUAGGUCAGCUGCUUCGCUCGACAGAAUCUCUUAUUUCACUCGGAUAAAUAAAUUUGUUCUGCAUUUCUAUAUAAUCGACUCCGGAUUCUAGACAUGGAUAGUUGAGAUGAUUUUUCCAUCUAUUCUUGUUUUUGUGUGGUUUUUUUAUUAGGAGAUAGCACAAUAGAGAUCACUUGAGCAGUCUGUUGGUUUCCAGUUGGAUGAAGAAUCAAUAAAUUUGUUGUACUUAUGCAUAAAAUAAAAGGUUUAAUGCCAAAUAUACUAGUGAAACAAAAAUUUAGUGAUGCAAUUAACUCACGAAGAAAUAUGUGGAGAGAAGUGUACUUUUUUCGAUUUCUUACUCCUAUUCCAAUCUCCACUACUCUAUCCACUAUUCACAUAAAAUAAAAACAUAACAAAUAACUUUGUCUCCCUCUUCCUCUUUGUGUUAUCGCUUCUCUCCAUCUUCCAUGUGGUCUAAAAGGUUCUCGCACUCAAUCCCCACCACGAAGAAGUCGAGAUCAUUUUGAACCACUAGGUUGGCCGCUUCGCUAGACAAAAUUUCUCUUAUUUCACUUAGGUAAAUAAAUUUGUUCUGCAUUUCUAUAUAAUCGACUCCAGAUUCUAGACAUAGACAGUUGAGAUGAUUUUCCCAUAUAUUCUUGUUUUUGUGUGGUUCUUUUAUGAGGAGAUAACCAUGGUUCAGGAAACCGUAACCGAAGUCAUACCAGACUCGUCUGUGGUAGGAUAGUUUGUGGUACAAUUGUGGUUCAACCGUUUUGUACCGGUAAAAUACAAUAUUUGUAAUUAAAAAAUAUAUUUUUAUUAAAAAACCGUACCGACAGAUUCAGGAUACCGUUUCAGAGUAAUACUGAAAUAUACCAGAUACCAAACCUGAAUUAACUAAAUAUGCAUAGGUAAUAUAACAAUCAACAAAGUGCAACAUUACUGAAUAAACUACAUAUUGUUCAAAUGCACGUUUAGGAUCGAGUACAAAACAACCAAACAACAUUCUCAACAUAUAUUUCUAUCAUUGCCUGCCACACUUCCUUACCUAAUUUGACUUUUGAGGAUGAUUAAUUGUCGCUGGGUUUGGGAUGGAAUCGAGCUUGGCCUAUGUCUCUAUGAUGCGGCGUUUUUGAGCAGGGGAGGGAGACUCGAGCAGGGAUCGAUGCGACUGAGGAUAAGAGAAGAGGAGCGGCAAAGUGGAGCAGGGAUCAGCUCGACCUUUCGUCGGUCGCGGGUCGCCAGAGAAGAAGGGAAGAGGAACGACGGAGCGACGGAGCAGGGAUGUAGCUGCUGUCAUCAACUUGAUGGACUAGCUAGGUACUUGAUUGAACCAUUAACAUUUUCCAUUUUCCCUACUAAUGCUUGCUGCUGAGUUUUGUGUUAAAAUAGUGAACAUACCUUGACUAUGUCAUACUGUAUAUUCUUGUACAUUAGUCAAUAGUUUAUGAAUUAGUGGUGAAUGAUGUUCUGUUGGUCUGCUGGUAGGAUGAUGUGUUGCUGCCUGCUGGUCUGCUGAUGAUGGCAAAGGUCUGCUGGUCUGCUGAUGAUGACAAAGGCCUGCUGGUGUGUUGCUGCCUGCGGGUGUGCUGAUGAAGAUGGAUUUUGAUAGCUCGGAUUUCAGACUAUUUUUAUCUGCGUUAAACAUAGUUGCCUAGAGUACUACUAUCUCGGCUUUUGAACUACCAGACUUGCAUUUGUGGUUAUGUUUUGAGCUUUGUUAGCUCGGCUUUCUGUUCUUGUUAGCUGAGAUUUUGAUACAGUUAUUCUGGGUUUAUCAUGGUUAUAUUUCUGGAUUUUAGACAAGUUGAGGGUUUGUAAGUUCGUGGUUACAGUUAUGCAUUGUUAGCUCGGCUUUAUUUCAUUGUUAGCUUAAUACAGUGAUGUAUAAUUAGAUAGUUUCAUGUCAUAAAUGUUUUGGUUAAGGGAAUGGUUUAUAUGUUGGCGGGCAGCCCGUGACCCGUGGAUUCACCGAAAUCCGGAUGGGCUUGGGCUUGGUCCAGAUUCUGUGCCCAUUUGGCUUAGUGGGGCGGUGAUGGGUAAACCCGCGGGCAUAAAUGGCGGGUAGUGGAUAUAGGGUAUCCGCACCGUAUCCGACCCAUUGCCAUCCCUACAAUUAAAUCGCCAAUAUUAAAAAAAAAUUAUAAUAGAAUACCAAUUUCUUGACAUGCCAUAUAAUAUAGGAAUAGUUUGAGGAAAAUUGUGACAUACAAAAACAAGACAUGCCCGGAUUGAUUAAUAAGAAAAUCGCAUUUGUUCAUUAAUGAUCAUGUUUGAGUUUGAGUUUGAAUUUUAUCAAAAUUCACUAAAAAUAUUUUCAGUUCAAAUUUCACCCUAUCUAAUCGGGUUAAAACAAGCAUCUAAACUUCAAAUAUAUUGAAGGAACUGCAUCACUAGGAUCAGUUAACGCCAGACAUAUUGGGAAAGAAUAUAAGACCAUGUGCAUUUUCAUUCUAUAACAGAUUCUUGGGUUGAAAGCUGAGAAGCUAAUUAAGUAUUUAUUCGCCAACCAAACAAACGAACUUCGAGAGCUCCUCCUUGUCCCGACCCACUCUACUCACAUUGAAUGGAAACAGAGCAAUCCACCCUAAGAAACAAAAACAGAGUACUCUGCCCCCGCCACAACCACAACCACCGCCAUCGCUGUCUCUCCAACUACCACAACUCUUUCUGGCACCAUACGAAAAUGCUAUUAAUUGUUGUAUUUGUGGAUGUUACUUGGCAUCUUAGAGAUUAAACGUCAUAAUAUCUAAUACAUUUUGGAUUCCAACCAAAGCGUCAUCAUCGAUACAGAACAAAAAAGAAUAGUUUGGGAACAUACCUUAAUCCGAUCCAACUUCAGGGAGGGAGAUCGAGAAAGGAGGUUCUACUUCUUCUUCUUUUUUCGGAGUAGAUCUAUGGAAGCUUGAAGGGUUUGGCUUUUGCUAAUGUAUAUGUAUAUAUAGGCAGACAUCACUUUGCGAGUAUGGAGAAAGAUGGCAUAUUGAGGUGGUGCUGAGGUGGGAGCAUUAUCUAGUAAGAACAUAGGAUGAUGGGUCGUGUUUGGUUUCUCGUUCUGCCAGAGUUUAGUUGGUCUCUUAUCUUUUAUCUCUAUAGUUGUAGACAAUGAAUUUGUUAAUAUCCA